GAAACGCAUCUCUCGCUCCAACUGACAGACAAAAUGACUGCUCAAUUAGGCUAUAUGUGGGGUUUCUUAUGGACAACAAUAGCAAUGUCAUUUGCUAGCCAUAGCUUCUUUGCGAAGAAAUCAGAAGCUUGUCAAUUCUCAAGAAUUGCUGUCAUCAAUGAACUCACUUCCUCACAACACAUUAAUGCGAACAGCAGUAAACGAUGUCAAGCAUAUUUCUGUUCUCCUUAUUAGACAUGAAGGAUUGUACUUCAGCAUUUGAAAAUCUGUGGAUAUUCAAUGUUGACUUAAGCAAACAUGACCAUGAAGUACUCACAUGCGAGGAUGGACACAGAUGCACACAUGCACCCUUCGAGGUGAAGAAGCAUAACGGCGAGUACAACUUAAUCUUCAAUGGAACCCUUUCUCCAACAUAUAACAUAUCUCUCUGGAUCAUGCAAAACUGGAUGUGUAAGCCAUCAGAAGGGUGUAAUACUACAAGUCUGGAUAAUGGCGCGGCUGAUAUCAUCAUUGAUCCCUCUGUGUGUGGACACUUCUCAAAAUAUGAUGAAGCUAUUUGUACUGACUUGGACACUAAUGGGCCUUUCUUCAUACUGAAAACAAACAUGAGCAAUGAACAAGAUGUCGAUUGUGUGACCUGUAACAACCCAUUGCACCUAAUUGAGGAGAUAGUGGAAGUGCACCAGGACCUUGGCAGUGAGGGACACGUGGAUGCCGCCUUAGCCAACACUUUUGUGGAAAGCAUGAAAUCCGUAUUGGACAAGUUACACAACAAGUCCAGUGUCAAAGUGAAAGCUGCUGGGGAAGUUACAGGAGCUCUCCUGCGGCUUAAAGAGACCAAGUCCAUCUCCGUUGCAUACUCUGCGAAAGGGAAAGAGAUGGUUCUUGUGUCCAACCCAAAUGCACUGCAGACACCACUUUCUUGGUCUGUUGAAAUUCCUGCAGAGGCUGUGAGGAUUUCCCAAUCAGCCAAUGAUGGAGAAGGCUUUGCAGGGGUAUUGCGCUUUCCUAACAUGUCCAUGGAUGACAAAAACAGCACAGUUUUUGGAGCUGUGUAUGGCAUAUCUAUGUCUGCUAACAUCUCCAAUUUGACCGAUCCUAUCAGCAUUCACUUCGAAAAUGUCGCAACAAAUUUUGCUUCGUUUAACUGCACCUCCUGGAAUGGUAUCGGGGAUAAACCUAACUGGACGGAGGACGGAUGUGAGAUGGUGUUGGGCAACAGCAACAUCACAUGCAAAUGCUAUCAUCUGACUUUCUUUGCCAUUCUAAUGAAUCCUCUACCAGAUAACAACACCCUCACAGAAUCGGACCUCAGCUCCCUGACGUACAUCAGCUACAUCGGCUGUGGCCUUUCCAUAUUUUUCUUGGGGGUGGCACUUUUCAUGCAUUAUCUGCUACGCAAAGCCAAGUCCAGCCAGGCCAUCCAGAUCCUGAUGAAUCUCUUCACAGCGCUCUUCCUCCUCAACCUGACUUUCCUGAGCAACGAGUCGGUAGCCAACAUGGGCAGCAACAUAGGCUGCAUCGCCAUUGCCACUCUCAUGCACUACUCUAUGCUGUCAACGUUCACUUGGUUUGCUCUGCAAGCUCUCCACCUGUACCUGCGCCUUGUCAGGAUGAGCAACACCAAAGAUGUCAAAAACUAUAUGCUGAAGAUGUGCAUCCCGGCCUGGGUUUGUCCAGCUGUUGUUGUCAUCACUCUUGCUGCUCUGAAUAAGUACACACUGGUGACCAUUAAAACCAGCAGUGGAUUUCAAUCAAAAACGUGCUGGAUAACGGACACAAUGGUGCACUACGUGGUGAACAUCGGCUACUACGCAAUGGUGUUCCUCUUCACGCUGGGCAUCUUCUGCGUGGUGGUGCAAAGAAUCCUCAUGUCCAACAAGCUGAUGGUCAAGGAUGCCAAGACGCCCUCUGUCUCCAAGAACCUGAUGGCCAUCAUGAGCCUGCUAGCCCUGCUAGGACUCACCUGGGGGGUGGCCUUCUUCAGCUAUGGGGACAUGAUGAUACCAUCCUACUACAUAUUCUGUGUCCUCAAUGCCUUUCAAGGGUUUUUCCUGUUCAUCUAUUACUACAAUAACAGCAAGGACCUUGGUGAAGACUCAAAGGCUGACAACCCAUUCAGUAGCAGCUCAUCAUCCAAUACAGCUAUAAGCAAUACCUAUGUAACCCACGGCUAAGUACACAGGUUGAAAAACACAAGGUUUCCCAACAAAUUGGACUGUUCUCAUAAAGUUCUACAAUGCACUUUUAGAAAAUAUUCUUUAUUGGAUUCUAUCAUUUUUUACAGAGAGCUAGAUCCAGAGUAGCAGUUGGAGGUAAUAUGACAGUAUCUGGGAUCAGAUCGUUCUAAUAAAGAUCUACACCAUGAAAGGUUCUGGAUCUCAUUAUAAAAGGAGUUCAACAUUGAUCCUUUGUUUUAUGUUGACUUGUAGGUAACUUAUAUCAGACUUAAAACGUGUAGUUUAGAAAGACCACAUAACAAUUUGUCUGCUGUCUACUGUAAUAUUGUAAAGAGACUAUCAAUAAUGAGGUGAUUGACUUGGGUAUUUGUGGCCAAAAUUGAUUAAUACUAAAUACUGAAAUGGCCUUACACUUAAUAACAAGAAUUGCAUUAUUUGUAGCAGAAUGUAGCAAUUAAACACUUAUUUAUAGUCCUUUUAAACUUACACUUAAUUUCAAGUUGCACAUAUGGCAUAUCCUAUAUUCCCUCUGUCUAAUUAAUGAAAUGUCUCUUUUAAAUGUACUCUGUGUUUAUAAUUAAUGCUUUCUAAAUGUACUCUUGUAUGAGUUUGGGUGAAAAGUGCCGAAGAUUUUGUGUUAUAUGAAUUCACUAACACUAGGGUGCAGUGUCGGUUAGUUUUCUGUCAGUUCGCUCUCCAAAGACUGAAACGCUGCAUCGGCUCAGCUGUGAUUCAGCGACAGAGAGACGUGAGUCACACUAAUGUCCUGUGUGGGUCUAGUGUUCAGUAAAUAUCUGUGGCAUGCCUUAUCCUGCUGCAGACCAUGCAGUAAGAUUACCCCUAAAUUCCUGAGUCACCGUUGUAAACGGGAAGUCGGGUUAUGAUUCACAACGAAAAUGCAAUGUAGCGCAGGCUACUUCCAGUUAUGCUUUUGUUUCUUUGAUUCGCAUGAAACAAUUUGAGUGCUUCAAAUAGGCUACCCUUAACGUAUAGCUUACAUUAAGUGAUUUAGACAAAAGCCCUAAACCAAAUUGAUAUCUCCAGUCAGAAAUUGUUUGAUAAUUGUGCUAUUAUAUGUUGUAAAGGACAACCAGGCACGGUAAAUAAAGGAUGUCUUUCGGCUUGACUCACCUCAGAGAUAGGAAGCCGACUUGAGCGCGUUGCGUGCCUGUGCAUAAUUAACGCCCCGUGUACCGGGGGUUGUAUCAAGCGGCAUGUGCGCUACACGCAGAGGAGUAGUGAUCUCAUGGCUACCUACAGCGAUAAGAGGCUGUAGAAGAACUGCUGGCUUAAGCCCCCAGUUAGCCGUUGACCCCAAAUACUCGUGUGUAAUUUUUGUGUGUUUUUUUCUUUCAAUAUUUUUAUUUGAUAUUUAGGCCACUUAAUUUAUGAUUAUGCAAAAAUGUCAUUCAGUGUAUAAUGACAACCUAAUAAUAAUAAUAAAAAAAAGUCU